CUGAAAAGGGCAAAACAUUUCUUGCAAGCUGCCUGUUGAGAACCAAAGACUGAAAACAGAUGGACACUGCAGGGAAAGUCAUUAAAUGCAAAGCAGCUGUGGCCUGGGGGCCUCAUGAACCACUCAGUAUUGAAGAGAUUGAGGUUGCUCCCCCAAAAGCUCAUGAAGUGCGCAUUAAGAUUGUGGCUACUGGAAUCUGCCGCUCGGAUGACCAUGUUCUAGAAGGAGUAAUAAGUGACUUGAAGUUUCCAGUGAUUCUAGGCCAUGAAGGAGCAGGAAUAGUGGAAAGUGUUGGAGAAGGCGUCAAAAACAUUAAACCUGGGGACAAAGUCAUUCCUCUCUUCAUUCCUCAAUGUGGAGAAUGCAGAUGCUGCUUAAAUCCGAGAAGCAAUUUGUGUUCCAAGAAUGACAUUGGUAAAUACAAAGGUGUGCUGUUGGACAACACAACCAGAUUCACCUGCAAGGGACAGAUGGUACACAAUUUCAUAUGCUGCAGCACCUUCACAGAAUACACUGUGGUGGAUGAAAUAGCUGUCGCUAAGAUAGAUGAUAAUGCUCCUCUGGAUAAAGUGUGUCUGAUUGGCUGUGGCUUUUCUACAGGAUAUGGCUCUGCAGUGAACAUUGCUCAGGUUACCCCUAACUCCUCGUGUGCUGUGUUUGGUCUGGGAGGUGUUGGCCUUUCAGCCAUUAUUGGAUGCAAAGUAGCAGGUGCUUCUAAGAUCAUUGCAGUUGAUACAAAUAGUGAUAAGUUUGCUAAAGCAAAAGAGUUAGGAGCCACUCACUGUGUCAACCCAAAGGAAUUUAAGGAACCCAUCCAUGAGGUGCUAGCAAAUAUGACCGAUGGAGGAGUGGACUACGCGAUUGAGUGCAUUGGAAAUGUUGAUAUAAUGACAUCUGCACUUUUGGGUGCUCAUCAUGGCUGCGGGACUUCCGUUAUUGUUGGCUUGGCUCCUGCAUCAGCUAAAAUGAAUUUUGACCCUGCAUUGAUGCUCACUGGCCGCAAACUGGCAGGAGGAUUGUUUGGAGGUUGGAAGAGCAAAGAAGCUGUGCCAAAGCUGGUUUCUGAAUUUAUGGAUAAUAAGUUCCAGCUGGAUGGGCUAAUAAGUUUCAAAUUUCCAUUUGAAAAAAUCAAUGAAGGUUUUGAGCUUUUGCGCAAGGGAGAAAGCAUACGCACUGUGCUUGAGCUCUGAGACCCUCAUGGACUUUUCCACAUCUUAACAUAAUAUGAGAUAUGAAUAAGGAAGAAGAGUGAUUUUAUAACAGAGAAAAUAUUUAGCGAUUGGCACCAUAAAGCUCACAAAGGAUACAUGAGUAUACUAACACUGGUGGAGGUUAUAUUGCAGACUAAAUUCACCUUAAAUAAUUCUCAAAUAGUAAGACAUUGGUAUAUUUAGCUAAAUACUAUUCUUGCUUGAAAAAAAAACUUGCAAUAAAAUCUAGUAAAAACCAGAAAA